AUGGACGAGUACGGAUCCGCUCCAGAGGAAAACUUCACCGCGAUCCCCGUCCAAGAGAGACUCGACCACAAGAACUGGAAAGCACGCGUCUCAGCAUACGAGGAACUGGCAAAGCUUUUCAGGACAAGUGUCGAAGACUCUGACUUUAGGCGCUAUGAAGGCUCGCUAAAAAAGAUCGCUCUCGACUCGAAUGCAGUUGCCCAGGAGUCAGGAUUAACAACUCUCAUUCAGUUUGUGGAGAAUGCACCAGAUCCCAACAGGACAAAGAACGUUGUUGUCCCCGCAGUUGUCGAAAAAUGCCUCUCCUCCACACGAGCAGGAACCAAAGCUAAAGCACUGGAGCUUAUUCUCUUAUAUGUCGAAGUCGACUCGGCAGACCCGGUGAUUGAGGAUGUGCUACCAGGACUGGACGCCAAGUUGCCCAAGCUAGUAGCCACUACAACCAAUGUCCUGACGAACAUUGUCCGCACUUUUGGUAUCAAGAACCUCAAUGUCAAGCCCUUGGUGAAAAAGCUGCCACCACUUUUCGGACAUUCGGACAAGAAUGUCAGAGCAGAGGCUAACGCCAUGACGAUAGAGUUGUACCGGUGGCUCGGAAAGGCCAUCAUGCCAUCACUCGAGGAUCUGAAGCCAGUUCAGCAAAAAGAAUUGACAGAGGCAUUCGAGAAGCUACCUGACGAACGACCAGCCCCACAGCGAUACCUCCGAUCACAACAAGCAGAAAUGGCAGCAGCCGCAGCCGCAGCAGAGGCAGGAGAAGGAGGUGGGGACGAUGCCGAAGCAGAGGAUGAGGAGAUGGCUGAGGUUGAUGCUCUGGAUCUCUUUGAUCCCGUUGAUGUCAACGCCAAGAUGGAGAAAAACUUUUAUGAGUUACUGGCGUCUAAGAAAUGGCAGGAGAGGAAGGAGGCUUUGGAUGCUCUUUUGGUCCUUUGUAAAUCUCCAAAGAUCCUCGACAGCCAUUACUCCGAGCUGGUGGGCGCCCUUGGCAAGCGCAUGGCUGAUACCAACAUCAAUAUUGUCAUCGUGGCGGCCAAUUGCUUGGAAGGUCUUGCUCGUGGAUUGCGGGACAGCUUCAACAAGUACAAGCCUUCUGCUGCGGGAUUGAUCAUGGAUCGACUCAAGGAGCGUAAAGUUACUGUCGUGGAGGCACUCGCAGGAGCUCUAAACGCCAUGUACAGCACAAUAUCAUAUGCCGAACUACUGGAGGACACAGCUGCGAAUGUGGUACACAAGAACCCGCAAAUUAGAGCAGAGGUCAUCAAAUUGCAGAUCCAUCGGCUGAAGGAAAUCAAGAUUGCGCCUUCCAAAGUGGAAAUCAAAACUGCUUGUGAGAUGCUGAUCAAGGCCAUCGACGAUAGUGAUGCUACCGUCCGUGAGGCGACGGCAGAGGCUCUUGGUACCCUUAUGAAGUGCUGUGGCGAGAAACCGCUACUGGUUUACACGGAGAAACUGGACGCUGUCAAGACAGGCAAGGUCAAGGAAUACUUUGACAAGGCUGUAGUCAAGGCAAAGGCUGCCCCUGUGGUUGCCCCUCCCAAACCCGCUCCAAAGGUCGUGGCAGCCGCCAAAUCAGCCCCCAAGAAAGCGGCACCAGCAGCGAAGGAGGCCGAGGCACCAGCGGCCGCCCCAGCAAAGAAGCCUCUAGGAAAGGCACCAGCGUUGUCGUCCGCCAAGAAACCAGUCACUAAAGCCCCAGCCGCUGCCGCAUCAACCGCCAGCGCAGCAACUAAGAAGGUCGCACCUGUCGCGGGAGGAGGAGCAAAGAAGGAAGAGGAGCCACUGCGAUACAAGUUCUUGAGUGAAACAGCAGAAGAGCAAGCAGCCGACUUUUUGUCACCUGAGCUGAUCGCCGAGUUUGGAGAUUCGAGCUGGAAGGUGCGUCUGGAGGCCAUGGAGAAACUGCACGAACUUGUUGACAGCAACCCAGGAUUUGAGGCAGAACUGAUUACACGUGUUCUCGCCAAGAAGCCAGGUUGGAAGGAGAGCAAUUUCCAGGUUACAACCAAACUCUAUGGCAUUCUCCAGCUUCAAUCGCAGAAGCUCCCCUCUUUUUCCAAGGCGUGCGCUGCCUUGACAAUUCCAGCCAUGAUUGACAAGAUGGGAGACAUCAAGUUGAAGAAGGCAGCCGGAGACUGUUUGACAGCGUAUGCGGAGGCGCUCUCGCUCCAGUUCGUCCUCAGCCAAUCAUACGACCCUCUGAAGAAAUUGAAGGCACCCAAGGCUCUCGCCGAUUCGCUGGCUUGGAUUAACCAACAACUGGAGGACUUUGGCAUUGCUGGUCUCGCUAUCCGUGAGCUAAUCGAUUUUUUGAAGUUUGCGUUGGGAAGCGCAAACGCGGCGGUCCGUACCAACGCCGUCAGUGUUCUUGGGAUCCUGAGGCGUUUCAUUGGACCAAGCAUUCGGUCGUUCGUGGAGGACUGCAACUCGGCGCUGUUGGCGGCUAUUGACACAGAAUUUGCCAAGGUGGCCGACAUGGAACCACCACAGGUGUCCAAGGGAGCAGCGGAGGAGAGCGCCGGCAGUACUGCCGCGGUCGAGGAACUCUUCCCAAAAGUGGAUGUCAGCAAUCAGUUCACAACACCACUACUGGAGGAGUGUGGUGACGCCAACUGGAAGGUGCGCAAGGAGGGUCUGGAGAAGGUUGCUGCCAUUAUUGACGCCAACAAACGCAUUAAGCCUAACCUUGGUGGACUUCCAGGAGCAUUGAAGCUGAGGCUCGCCGACAGCAACAAGAACCUGCAGAUUUUGACGAUGGAGAUAUGUGCCAACCUCGCCGUGGCCAUGGGCAAGCCUUUUGACAAGUACGCCAGAAUCCUGUGCUCCAACGUCGCCAGCUGUCUCACGGAUCAGAAAGACAAUGUCAGGAACGCAUCGAUUGCUGCGUUGGAUGCGUUUGCUACACAGUCGGGCUUGGACUCGCUCGUGUCGUCUCUGGCAGUUUCUCUUGUCACCAACUCGCCUACCUUGCGUAAGGAUCUCUUGGUCUGGUUAACUUCGUUCUGCAACGGAGCCAAGGAACGUGAUGUCACGCUCCCAGACUUGUCACCUCUGACUCCACCUGUUCUGCAGUGCUUGCAGGACCGUAGUGUUGACGUUCGCAAGGCUGGCCAGAACUUCCUGCCGAUUUUGAUGGCUAGUGUCGGAUAUGAUGCUAUCGUGUCCAAAUGCAGCGACCUCAAGGGUGCCGCCAAGUCGGCGAUCAUGCCCAUGCUCGAGGCUGCCAAGCCUGCCCCCCCACCCCGCCCUCCAUCCGCAGCGGGAGCUGCCAAGGCACCCCCACCCGAGAGAGGUGCAUUGAGCAGUUUGCCUAGUCUGGCGCGCCCGGGAGCGAAACCUGGCGCACGCCCUGCCACUGCCCUACCCGGCGCCCCAUCUAAGAUCGGCACCGCAAAGCCGGCAGCAAGCACUCUCCCCACCAUGCCUGGACCACCUAGAGAGCAGCAAUCAUCUCCCAUUCCUACCUUGCCCUCGCUUCCUUCGUUGCCAGGACCCGGACAGCCCUCGGGGCUCAUGGCACCACGGUCGCGACUGACGCUCAAGAAACCAGGCCAGGGCAUCCCUCAGCCUAUGGACUCGGGUAUUCCAGGAGCCCCAGCACCACGUGUGUCGCGACUUCAGGACAUGCCCCCAGAGUUCGACGAAUUUUCAGUUCCUCCUCCCAGCAACGGCAUAGGUAUGGGUAUGGGCAUGCAACAACGUUCGUUCGAUCCUAUGGAUGGCGUUGUCCAGACCUCGCAGCCUUUGAACGGAUCCCGACCUAUGGGUGGUGGUAACAUGGGAGGCAUGGGCAACAUGGGAGGCGGCCAGCCGAUGGGCAACAGCAGCAUAAUCCAGUCUUUGCCGACGAUCGUUGUCCCUCCAUCUGCUCAAAUCAAGCGGCUCUCGGUGUCAGGGGGCGACAGGAGAGGCGAGGCAGCUAUGGACUACCUUGUGACCCAGAUCACAAGCGACGACGCAUCACAGAGUAUCGACGCGUUGAAGCAGCUGGAGAAGGCGCUUCAUGGACCUCUGGACCCUAUCAUCCCUCACAUCAACGACCUCGUCAACGCCCACACGCUGCAAAUUCGUCUUGCCUACACUGGACUCGAGCAGAGAAACAACUCCACGACGCGUGUGUGCAAGCAUUUGGUGAACUCGCUCGUAAGCAUCUUCUCCAACAAGCAGCUAGCGAGCAAGGUUCAGUCAGACCCACUCUACAACCUGCUUCACGAAUUGGCUAGUCGGCUCCUGGACAAGAACCUGGACAGGGUGGAGAGUGGCCAACAACUUGCCAAGGCUCUGAAUGUUACGAUGGUCAAGGUACUCGAGAACAGUAACCGCAACGCCACCUUCAGCGCUCUGCUGUUGAUCUUGGUUCGUUGUGCUCAACCGCUUCGGUCGAUGGAAGAUUCCGCCCAGCAGGCCAAGUUUGGUGAUCUCAUUAUGAAGUGCAUCUGGAAGCUGACCAAGACGAUUAAGGAGUGCGUCGCAGCCGGAACCUUAAAGCCCAACGAGCUCCUCGCGGACAUGAACGACUUUUUGGUCUCGAUCUCACCUCCCGACUGGAAGAGACGUGCCCAGGAAGGUGUGCCUCUGGGAGAUAUGCCGUUGAGGACUGUCAAGACCGUCUUGGUCGAGUUGUCUUCGGGAAUGGGUGAUGAGGUGUUCAACCAUCUGGAUCUGAUUCAGGACCCGACGAAGUCUGCUAUCCAUCAAUACUUGGUGCAUAUGACUGGAUCCAAGAAGCGCCCCAUUACUCAGCUCAGCAACCCUUCGCCUCAACCACUUGCUGCCAAUGAUCGGAUGUCGACCAUCGGAGCCAUGACCAAUCAGAACCUGAGCGCCCACAACAUGCACCAGCAACAGCAGCAACAGUCGCCCCUGCAGCAGUUCAGGUCAUCACCCCAAUCGCCACAAUUCCAGCAACAGCAACAACACCAGCAACAGCAACAACAACAACAGCAACAGUUCCAACAGCAGCAGUUUCAACAGCAACAGUUCCAACAACAACAGCAACAGCAACAACAACAGCAACAGUUCCAACAGCAACAGCAGUCGUUGUCGCCAAUGUCAUCCCACCAGUCAGCGUUCGGAAACCAGGUCCAGAUGCAACAAGGACCUUCGACUGGGUUCGGUAUGCAACCUCCGCAAGCUCAAGGUGAUUUCGGUGGCGCAGGCCUUAACUCCCAUCGCAUGAGCAUGGCCAUGGCUCCACCACCCACGCCAGGGCUUGGCGGUGGCGCCAAAGGCCUUGGUGAGAACAAGAGCGCCGAGGACCUUUCAGUCGGCAAGUCCGAAACAGAGAUGAACAGUCGGCUCACUCAAAUCUUUACCAAGAUCGGAACCAGAGAGGAGACUAAGCAGGCACGCGCAUUCACAUAUUAA